AUGGAAUCAAACUUACAUACAAUUCAAGACAACCCAAAACAAUUAAGAACUCAUUUUGAAAAAGUUCAUGAAGAUUAUAUUAAAAAAUUGAAUGAAUGCAGUGAUUAUAUUCGAACCACGGAGAAGUUGUAUGAUCAAGCAAAAAAAAUUAAUGCUGAAUUAGAGCACAAACUAGCGAAUGUAUCUGACGAAGAAAAAGAAUGGAAAGAUAUCAAACUCAAAUUAUCAACAACAUCAAUUAAAGGCAAAAUUAUACUUGAUGUUGGUAGUGUAAAAUAUGCUACAAGUGUUGAUACAUUAAUACGUGAGAAAAAUACUUUCUUCGCUGCACUCUUCUCAGGACGAUGGGAACUUGAACGAGAUCCAAAUGAUAACAGUAUCUUCAUUGAUCGUAAUGGAAAGUUAUUUGAACAUAUUCUGGAAUAUUUCAGAACGGAUACCAUACCCAGUGACAUAAUGACUAAUGAAUCACUUCGUCAACGUCUUAUUCUAGAAGCAGAAUAUUUUUGUAUACACAAACUGAUUUAUAUAUUAACAGCACCCGAACGAAAACGUCAACGAGAAGAGCGCUUGGUUAUUGAGAAAAUUUUUCCAAAUGGAACAUUACUUCGACUGGAGCAUGCUACAAAACUUAAUAAGUUUUGCUGUAAGAUCGAUCAAAAAUGGGAACUAAUAUACAAAGCAACUCGUGAUGGAUUUAGUGCUAAUGCAUUUCAUUCACAUUGUGACAAUAAAGGACCAACAAUGACUAUUAUUCAAUCAAGCAAUAACUAUAUAUUUGGAGGUUAUACAAGUGUUUCAUGGGCUUCAUCUCAAAAGUAUCAGAAUGAUAGUGCAGCAUUUUUGUUCACAUUAACAAAUCCUCACGAUAUUCCACCUACGAAAUAUGAUAACAAGAGUUUUUUUCAUGGAAUAGAUGCCAUUUAUGAUGAUAGUGGGUCUGGACCUACAUUCGGCAACGGCAGCGACAUUUAUAUAUCUGAUAGUAGUAACAACAACAAUUCUAGCUACACUAAUUUUCCUACUGCGUAUUAUGAUACAACAGGUGAAGGUAACAAUACAUUCACAGGAGCUAAGAACUUCACUACAUCUGACAUUGAAGUAUUCAAAUUAGCUUAG